AUGGAGGCCACGAUAUUUAUGCUCAGUUCUCUUGCCACCAAUUUCGCUGGAAUCUACUGGCAUGUCCCCUUCACCGUCGUUGACCCUCAGCACACGUUCCUUGAGCGACUUGUUGGCUCCGUUCAGGUGUCGAGCACCAUCUACACUCUCCGACAUUGGCAUCCUCUCGUGUUUCCCGAAGCUGCAAACUGUCCGGAAGCUGCAAAAUGUGAAAGCCCAGCGCAGAAUACUUCAAUGGAGCUCAGUGACAUACUGAAGGACGUUAUGGAUCAGUAUGUUGUUCGGACACAAAAUUUAACAGUCCCUUGUCCGACAAUUGUUGGCAAUUCUUGCAGCGAUCAACCGCCUCCACUCGCCACGAUACAUCACAAGCUCUUCGGAAGAGCUUUUGACAUCCCCCUCGAUCAAGGAUCUGCUGAUUUGUACUGGACUGUCUUCUUUACGACCCUUGUAUUGAUUGGCAUCCUUCUCGUGCUCUGGAAGGGACUCACCCAAGGCAGCCGCAAGCAUGAUAUGGAGUCUAUGUCGGGUCAGAAGUCCAACAAGUCGGCAGACCUCCCAAGCGAGAAAGAUGCCCUGAAUUGGAUUCGUAUCUCUCGCUUUGCUGUCGCUUUGGGGAUCAAAGACGAUAUUUCGCAUGACUGUGUGAACAUCAGAGCAAAGAUCACGGAGAUUCCAGAAAAUCUGCGCCAAUUCCAAAAAAUUCUCCAGUCCGGUUCCGUGGGCGCCGAAUGCAAGGAAGGAGACGAUGUGGAAUCCAAUAAGAAAACACUCGCGCAAGUCUUUGAUGGUAAUCUUCGGUUUUGCACCGAAGCAGUGAAAAGUGCACUGGAAGCGCUGAAUCAACUCAGCAGACGCGUGGACCACAGAAUCAACCUACACGAACAGCCGCUAGAUGGCCACGGCCAAGGAUAUCAGAAUAUUGAAGAUUCAACUGAAAAGUUUAGUCUGUAUCAGGACGAAUUUCUCACCGAGGGCACCCUGGAAGCAACAACAUCGGCCGUGGAAAAGCGCAUUCUCGGAAUAGUGGAUGAUCAUAUCUCAGCCCUUGACGAAGAAGCGAAGAAGCGGAUUGAUAAUAUCGAGUCUGCACUCGCAAAGGUCCAACAAUCCCUUUCUGUUGGUGUUGUCGAUAAGGAACAGCUGAACGGGAUUAUCGGCGGACUCAAAGCAGACAUUGAGAAUCUCCACACGUCAUUGCAAUCACUCUCUCACGGGGGCGAUGACUCGCAAGUUGGUGUUGAUACCAUCGUUCACGAGCAACUGCAGAGCCUAGAGAAGCGUGUGCAAUCCCUCGAGCAUGCGGCUUCAAUGACUCCCCUAGACAAGAAGCAGAUUUACCAAGAAAUUGACGAACUUGACCAAGCCGUGUUGGAUCUGAAGAAUUCAUAUGCGCAAAUCGAGUCGAAACUCAACUCAACCGUCACAGAAACACAAGUGAAAGAAGUUUUGAAAGAAAUAGCCGCACAACUGAAGCAAAAAACUGAAGGUAUGGAAAACGAACUCCACCGGCUCAUGAAAGCUUUGGAUGAAGUCAAGAACGCUGCGGUCGAGUCGAAGAACGAUGACCCUGAACUGGCCAAAAGAUUGGAAGAUAUCGAAAGGGCAAUCGAUGAUUCAACAAAGGUGGUACAAAGCUUCAGAAGAGAACUUGACUCACAUGCUCUGGAACACAAAAGUCUGCAGGAGGCCGUCAAGGGGGCCUUCAAGUGGAAGAAGGAGCUUCAAGACGGAAUUGACAAGAAGAUCGCCAGAGUGACCAGGGAGAUCAUGGAAACGAAUGACCGAAUACAUAUACCGGUCAAAAGCAUGCAUCUUCUCGAAGAACACAAGUCAAUGCAAGCGAACGUCAACAAGAGUCUUUGGAGAAACCUAGAUAAAUGCAUGAGCGCUCUCGGCAUCAAAUACGACCUGAACGCCUCUGCUCUAGUGACUAUACACACUACUAACCAAGAUCCUGUCGAAAAGCCUGACUCGAACGAUGAGGAUCUUGUUGCAGAAUAUGGUACACAUAAGACCAGGACAGAGGUUGUUGAUGAAGGGGUUCCACAAGAAGAAGCUCAAGCCGCAGGAUCCGAGGUCCAAUCACCCAAGGAUGAAGCCCAACCUACAAAGGAUGAAGCCCAGACCCCAAAACGCGAAGCUCAAAUAGACGAACAAGUACAGAAAUUCGACAAGCAACGCCGCGCGAGUGCCCAAUCUGAGGCCAUCAGUCCCAAGACUCUACAACCAGCUUCCAAAGCAAUUAGUGAUCCAAAGCAAUCGCCCGUAGCGGGAUCGGUUGCCUUUAAAGAUGAGGCUGCAAAGCGCGACAAAGCAGAUACAGCCCAAUCGCGAGCAGAAUAUAAUCAAGAGGUUGAGAAGGGCCACGGAUCUGCUGCAUUGGGAAAACAGUCCAAUGAGACUUUAGCGCAACCGAAGACAUUAGAAGGAACCCAGUCUCCUCAGACACCGGGGUCUGCGAAGGGCAAAUCAUCUGGAAAGCACACCCCAAGUAAACCCCGUUUGAAGCCGGAGACAUCUACCUCCGCAAGGCACGAGAAGAGCCAAGGAGCUGGCCCGGCUUCGGCUCAAUCGCCUUCAAAACCAAACACGGAGGUUGCCUCUGCCGAAAUGAGCAAGAGCAAGUGGGCUGAAUCAACUCCGGCCCAGGUUCAGCCCAAAACACCUACUCAUGCGGGAGUUGAAGGGAGCCAGCUGGCUAGCCCAGCUUCAGCCCAACCCCCUUCAAAGCUGGAUGCAUCGACUUCUGGUGAAAUGAGCAAAAGCAAAUGGGCUGACUCAACUCCGGCCAAGGCUCAGCCCAAAACACCUACUCAUGAAGGAGUUGAAGGGAGCCAGCUGGCUAGCCCAGCUUCAGCCAAAGCCCCUUCAAAGCUGGAUGCAUCGACUUCUGGUGAAAUGAGCAAGAGCAUGUGGGCUAACUCAACUCCAGCCAAGGCUCAGCCCAAGACACCUACUCAUGCGGGAGUUGAAGGGAGCCAGCUGGCCAGCCCAGCUUCAGCCCAAGCUCCUUCCAAGCUGGAUGCAUCCCCUUCUGCCGAAAUGGGCAAAAGCAGAUGGGCCGACGAGUCUUCAACUGCACAGAGAUCAAAGAGUGUUUCCUUGCCCUCCGAGAGGAACAAGAAAGGAGACCUUGGCCAUACUUUCUGA